AUCCAUCAUUUUCUGUCAACAGAUAUAUAAAAAGAUUAGCUCAGCCCACAAAAACACACACACUACACACACUCGGCCCAUUCACACCCUAAAACCCUUCGCCAAAAAUCUCAUCCUCUUCACUAUUUUGAUUUAUUUUCACAAAUAUUUCUUUUUUAGUUUUUCAUUUUUUUUUCUGCUUCCAUGUGAUGAUCAUGCCAUUGUCUGGAUAAACCUCUUCUCAUUCUUCUCAUAUCAUUCCUCUGAUUUUUCAUCAAUCUACGCUCCGAUCACAUGGAUCUGAAAGUAGAUAAGAAAGCAGAUUUUGAGGAGAAAAAUGGCAGUAUUUGUCCAUUAAAGAGCUGCAGCGACUGUCACACUACGAGAACUCCACUUUGGCGCGGCGGUCCAGCUGGACCGAAGUCGUUAUGCAAUGCGUGCGGUAUAAAAUACAACAAGAAGAGGAGGCAGCUCCUCGGAUUGGAUUCGGGGAAGCCAAACAAGAAGAAGAAGCGAACGAGCGUUGCGCGGAGCGACGAGGUUAGAGAGAUUUUGAAAAUGCGAUUCAAGAGCGAGAUUGUGUUGCAGAGAUCGGGCAAGUUGAUGAGCAAGUUGAGAGAGGAAGAGCGAGCGGCGAUUCUGUUGAUGGCGCUCUCGUGUGGAUCAUCCGUCUACGCUUAGUGGAGUGGUACCUCCCGCUGCUCCGGCUGUACCCUGAUUUUCUGGGAAUUUGGAAUCUGAAAAAAAAAAAAAAAUUGGAGAGGUCUAACUUAAUUUGAUGUGUUUGAGGGAGAGAUUUAGGUUUUAAUUUUUACUUUUUUUUUUUUUUUAGGAUGAUUCGCUGAUGUAAUGAGUCUAAUGACUAACAAUGAUUGAUUUAGUCAUGUUUUUUCCUAGUAAUAGUAUGAUUAAUUCCUUAGAUUUUUA